AUGACAAAUGUACUUGAAAGAUAUUUGAGAAUUUCGACAUUUCAACAUCUUGAAGUCUUUCAGAUAAACUAUAUUAAUAUUAAAGCGAUUAAUUAUAUGAUUGAAGGCACCGGUGGACGUCUCAAACAAAUUUUUAUCAAGGAUCUUUUAAUCUUUAGCUAUGACCUUUAUGAUGAAUCCCUUAAACUUAUUCGUAUCGUUCGUGAAACUUGUCCUUUAAUUGAAAAUCUGUCACUCGUGUUUAUACAACCAUCAGACAAGCAUUUAAUUGAACUUGAAAAGUUACUGAGGACAUGCCAAAAUUUGAAGGUGUUAAUUUUAGAGAUGGAUGACAAUUCUAAUGAUAAGGAUCAAGGCACGUACGAAGAAAGGAAGUUGGCGUGGGGAGAAAAAUUAUUAAACGUAUUAGUUAGGUCCGCACCUAGUAACCUGAGUGUUAUUGGAAUUCUUAAUGAAUUUAAAUUUUCAAUUAAUACACUAGGGGAAUUUUUGGAGAAUUGGAAAGGUCGACCGGAUAAUGGUGUGAUUAAAGAAUUUAGACAUAGUAAUGUGGAUAGUAUUAUGGACAAUUAUGGAUUAUAA